ACUUCCUGUUUCCGGUAAAAUGAAAAUAAAGUGAAACAAAUACCAAAAAUUCAAAAAUUCAUUUAAUCUCUAAAAUGGAAGGAAACAAACCAAAAGAAACAAAUGGGUCACAGACAGUGAAAUCCAAUGGAGCGAGCAUCGACUCAAUUUCGGAUAGAUCCACAUCAUUUCCUCAGGAAACCUCAAGCAAUAGUUCAAAAGAAUCCGACUCUCCAUCCAAAUCCCUAUGCUCUUCAUCUUCAACGUCGUCAGAAAAUGUACCUGGGAUAGAAAUGAAAAUUUUAAGAGAUAGUGCCAAAGUAUCACAGUCAGAUGAACCACCAUUACUGGGAGGAGAGCUUGUCCAAGGAAUAGGAAGAGACGUGACAUAUUUAUGUCCCUACAAUGGACCAAUUAAAGGAGUACUGACAGUCACCAAUUACAAGUUAUACUUUAAAAGUAGUGAGAGGGAAUCAUUAUUUAUAUUAGAUGUACCUCUAGGUGUGAUAAGUAAAAUUGAGAAGAUAGGAGGCGCUUCUAGCAGGGGAGAGAACUCCUAUGGAAUUGACCUGAUAUGCAAGGACAUAAGAAAUUUAAGAUUUGCACACAAACAAGAAAAUCAUUCAAGAAGACAAGUUUUUGAGAAGAUCCAACAGUUUGCCUUUCCUAUUACAAACAAACAGCCAUUAUUUGCCUUUGAAUUUAAAGAAGAUUAUGGUGAUGAUGGGUGGAAAGUCUAUGACCCAAUAGCAGAGUAUAAAAGACAGGGCCUUACAAACGACAGUUGGAAGAUCAACAGAAUAAAUGAAAAAUAUGAAUUGUGUGAAACAUAUCCUAGUAUAAUUGUAACACCCCAGGCUGCGACAGAUGAUGACAUUAAACAGGUGGCCACAUUCAGAAGCAGAGGAAGGUUACCAGUUUUAUCUUGGAUCCACCCAGAAAGUCAAGCAACAAUAACCAGAUCUAGUCAGCCUCUGGUUGGUGUUGCUAACAGAAGGAAUAAAGAUGAUGAGGCCUAUAUACAGAUGAUAAUGGAUGCUAAUGCACAGUCACAUAAGUUAUAUAUCAUGGAUGCAAGACCAAGUGUAAAUGCCCUAGCUAAUAUGGCUAAAGGUGGUGGCUAUGAGAGAGAGGAAUCUUAUCAGAAUGCAGAAAUUCUAUUUUUAGAUAUACACAAUAUACAUGUAAUGAAAGACAGUUUAAGAAAGUUACGUGAUGUUGUAUUUCCGACCAUAGACGAUGCCCAUUGGUUAUCUAACAUAGAAUCAACACAUUGGCUUGACCAUAUAAAGCAAAUAUUAGCAGGUGCUUUGAGAGUUGCAGAUAAAGUUGAGUGUCAGAAGACAUCAGUAUUAGUUCAUUGUAGUGAUGGAUGGGACAGAACAGCUCAGUUGACCUGUUUAGCCAUGUUAAUGUUGGAUCCUUACUACAGAACAAUCAGAGGAUUUGAAGUUCUUAUAGAAAAGGAAUGGUUGAGCUUUGGUCAUAAGUUUGCACAGAGGUAUGGUCACGGUGAAGAUAAACAUUCAGAUGCCGACAGAUCUCCAGUGUUUCUACAGUUUAUAGACUGUGUAUGGCAGAUGACUAAACAGUUUCCCAAUGCCUUUGAGUUUAAUGAGCACAUGUUGAUAACCAUAUUGGACCAUCUAUACAGCUGUUUGUUUGGGACCUUUCUGUGUAACUGUGAACAGGCCAGGAUGACAGAGAAACUGAAAGAGAAAACAGUGUCAUUAUGGUCGUUUGUGAACUGUCAGCUGGAGGAGUUUACCAACCCAUUAUAUGCCUCUUAUCUGCACAAACAUGUACUGUUCCCGGUAGCUAGUAUGAGGAGGUUAGAGCUAUGGACAGCAUACUACUGUAGGUGGAAUCCUAGAAUGAGACCUCAGGAGCCAAUCCAUCUGCGGAAUAGAGAGUUACUGAUUCUGAAACAACAACUGACCAAAAAGGUAGAAGAGCUACAAAAGGAGUUAGAUCAGAAGAAUCUGAGAGGGCGUGGAUUAGAUCAACCAAGUCCAAGACCAAUUCCCAGAAUAUCCCAACCUGUUAAUGUAUAGCUGAUGUGAUUAAACGGUAUAUGAAAGAUCGAAAACAACCAUGAUAAUUGGUGUGUAUGUUUGGAGGAGAUCAUUUACUCAAUGCAUUGACAAUUUCUGCAAGAAGGGGAAAACAUAUAUGUUUUACUAACAAAUUUUAUAACCCUUAAAAUUAAGACAAAUAGCAGAAAAAAAAAAAUAAUUUCAAUCUAUUUAUUUAUACAGAUUUCAGAAGCUCAAAUAUCAUCUUGUCAAAGCAGGCCAAUAUUCUUGUUGAUAGAGUUGGAAUGUAAACAAAAUUUCAUCAUUCUGUAUUUAUUUUUCAAGUUUACAUUAUCAUUUUAUUCUGAGGAAAAUCAGUUGUUGACUUACUGGUAAAUAUAUGAAAUUAAGAAAAUCACAAGUGUAUAUUAUAGGCUUAUUUGAGUGAUCACAUUAUGCAGCUGUAAAUCGAUCAAAGAUAAUUUAUUUAUUUAUACUACAGAUUAAGAACAAUGACCAAUGAUUUGUAUUUGAUGUAAAUGUUUGAGAGACUGUAUGUAUUACACUUAAUGUAUUAGACUAGAUUUAUGUAGACAGUCUUUUCAUUUAGAGUUAGAAAUAGUAAAUUAAUGUAAUUAUUUAAAAUUGAUAAACUAUGUAAAAAUUAGGAAUGAUUCUCAUUCAAAUAUUGAGUCAUGUUUUGUUUUAAUGUGUGAGGUGCUUUCUUAUAGAUUUUAUUCAUCAUUGUUAUAUCUAUGCAAGUUUCAUGCAGUGGUACAAUAUGGGGGGGGGGGGAUACAAAUUAUGAAAAAAAUGAUUUUUUUUUCUAAAUUUCAAACAAUGAACAAAAUUUAUUUAAAUUUUCUUUUCUCUUUGCACAUUAUUGUUUUUCCUUCACACAGAUGUAUUCCCCUUUUUUUGUUUCAUUCGUAGAGAUAAAAAUUGUAUGCACUGCAUUGUACAAACAAGGGGAGAUAAAUCAAACACUGAUUUGAUAUUCUGUAACAGAUUUUGCCACCUAUAAUAAUAAAACCAGGUAGUUGUUAAACAAGACCUGAGUGCUCUAAGCAAGACAGAUGCUAAACUUUGAAAACAUUCAGACAAAUUGUUUAAAUUGUACAUAUUAAUUAACUUUUGUUCAAAUUUUUUUUUGGAAAAAAUAUUAUGUUUGUCCAAAUAAAUUAACCUUGUGGUUAAUUUUUUUUUAAAAAGAAAUUGUUUUAACCACUUUGGUAUGGUUUGUGUAUAGUAUAAACUUUAUUUGCAUAUAAGGGAUUGUGCAAUAUAAAUGCAUUAUUUGUGUGGAAUUUUAACCAAUUAACAGAAUUGUAAACUUGAUUGCAGACAAUUUGAAAUGUUUGGACUAUUUGUAAAAAUUUAUCAGUACUAUCUACAACAUUUGUUAUAGAUUUGAUGAUUUUAUUUGAAGUAAUAGAAUGCAUUGUAGUUUAAUAAAAAUGACAAAAUUAUAAUAGUUUUUGAAUUUCAAUUGUUUGUAGUACUAGUAUACAUAAUAGUUUAAAAGUGACAAAACUAUAAUAGUUUUUGAAUUUCAAUUGUUUCUGCUAGAAAAAGUUAUUAAACAGUGUCUAUUGCAAAGUGCACAUUUUUUUUAAAGUUUUAUAUUGUUAAGUUUAUUUUGAUUAGAAGCCAUUCUCUCAUUUGCUGGAAUUUUGCCUUAUUUUGGUAUGACAGAUUUCUUUUUUUUUUGCCUAAUGGUCAGCCAAUGAAUACAAACAGAUUUAUCAUAGAAAAUAUUUAGUUGAUGUUAUUUUAACUUCCCUACUUGUUUAAUAACUGGUGAAAAUACAAAAUGUUACCAUUGAAAAUAACUGUUUAUUGAAUAUAACAGAAUUUGUUUUAUUAACAUAACAUAUUAGUGUGUUAAUGAAAAUAAUUGAUGGAAACAAAUAUUUGAAAUGUAAAUAAAUACUACUUUAAA